GAGAUAGCAGACAGAGAGAGAGCCUGCAUCAAGCUCCAAUUCCCAAGCCAGCAACAAAAGCUCACCUCCUCCUGCUCCUUCUUCUUCCUAGAUCUCUCUCGAUACUGAAUCAUCAUUAAGCUUUAUAAUUAAUCAAGGUCAGUCAUAUUAAUCAAGAUCAUCAUGACGAACCAGUUGGAGAGCUUGGUGGAGUCGAUCAAAUCGAAAGUUCGAGCGCUGAAGAAGAAGUCGAAGAAACCGUACAUAAAGAUGGACAAAAGCUCCAGCGUGAAGGUCGAGAUCCGCAGCAAAAAGGCACGCAAGCUCAUCGACAAAACCCUCAAGGCCGCCGACCGUCCCGGCAAGCGCCCCAUUCCUUAAUUUUUCAAUUAACUAAUCAUGUUAUGAUCCCAAAUAAUUACAUUUCUAGCUUCUAUCAUUUACCAGGUAUUUGUUUUGUGUAAAUCUCUUCAUUACAAAAGAAAAAAAGGGGGUUGGAUCGGAGAUAGGUAGGCUGAUUGGUGAAUUGGGUUGUUUCUGGGUGAAGUUUUUAUUUUUUUGUAUAAGUUUUUGGUUUGGCUGCCGAUUCUGUGUUUUGUAACCGUUUCGGAUUGUCUUCGAUUUCAAAUCAAAUGAACAAUGUUUGGGUUA